AUGGCUUGUUUUAACCCAAGGAACAACUUCUCUAAUUUUGAUGUGGACAAACUUGUGAGGCUUGCUGAAAUUUAUGCCGAGGAUUUUGAUAUUGGUGACCUUAUUGUUUUGCCAAAUCAACUUAGACAAUUCAUCAACCGUGCUAGAAGAACUUCAGAUUUUGUUGGAUGCACUGAACUUGGAAAAGUUGCUGAAAUUAUGGUCAAGAAUAAUAUGCACACAUCUUAUAAAUUGGUUUAUCGUCUCAUUGAGCUAACCUUGAUACUACCUGUGGCAACGGCUUCAGUUGAGAGGAUAUUUUCAGCCAUGUCCAUUAUAAAGAUAGAUUUGCGUAAUAAAAUGGGUGAUGAAUGGCUCAAUGACUUGAUGAUAUGCUAUAACGAGAAUGAGAUAUUUAGAAAGAUUGAUAAUGAAAAGAUCAAAAAGCGGUUUCAAGAGAUGAAAAAACGCCAUAUGUUAUUGCCUAAAAAUUAG